CUUUUACCGAUAUGUCGAGUGCGUUCUUUUUGCCGGCGGAAGAGGAAUUUGGAGAGUAGGCUUGAGGUGUGGUCUUCAAGACGCUGAAUAUCGAGAAGGACAUCGCGGGACAGGGGUUCGUCGAGGGCGGGUAUGAUGUUCUGGCCGUUAUGAACGUGCUACACGUUUCUAUUGACGUGAAGGCGACGCUUUCCAAUAUCCGCCGGCUGUUGAAGCCCGGUGGGUAUCUCCUCGUGGGCGAGCUUGUGUUCACCGAUCUAAUCUUCAAUGACAUGACGGUGAGGACGCUUCCCGGGCGGUGGAUAGGCGCUGAGACAGGACAGCCUUAGGGUCCGUUGCUUACUCUGGA